ACAUGGUCCGCACGUCUGCAAGGCCGGCAGCCGCGGGCAGACCCCUCCCGCCAGGCAGCCCUCGGCCUCGCCUCCUCUCCCGGCGCCGCCCGAGGGGCUGGAAGCCGCCUGCCGUGGCGGACAGACAAGCGCCCACACGCCGCCGGGAACCGCUGAGCAGCACCAGCUCACUCGCCGGCCCAAGCUCCGGAAACAGCCGCCCCACGCGGGGAGGCGGGGGGGGAGGGCGGUGGCGUCGGCGGCGGCUACGCGGCGGCUGCUCUCGCGGGAUCUCUCUCUGCCUCCAUGUUUUCGGGCUCCGUAGAGAUCUCGCGUGGUUUGGGCUAGGGGCGGGGCGAGUCGAGGGGCGGAGUCGGAUGGGGCGUCCCCGGGCCUUGUUGAUUUCAGCGUCCUCGCGGCGGCCCUCGCGCCCGCCGCCGUCCGCGCAUGCCCGGUCCCCGCCGGCUCGGAGGCCGCGGCGCUCGGGCUUCCCCAACCAGCGCCCGGGCUCCGCCCCUCCCCCCGGCGGCGGCGGCGGCGGACGUGUUGUUUUGGCGGCGGCGCCGGCUGCCGCGGAGCCCGCCGAGUCCCAGCGCCUCACCUGCGCCCGCUGCGGCGGGCCCACCGACCGCCUCGCCACAGGUCACCUCCCCAGGCAGAGGAUUCCCAGGUUUCCAGCACCAGGUCUGUCUGCUGAGCUCUGGACACUCCGCAUCCUCCAAGCUGGCCAACAAGCUGGAUACUUGAUUAUGCGGUGCUUACUGCACGCCUCUUCUUCAGUGUGCACGAGAUUCCCAAGUUCAGCCUGUCUCCAGCUCAAGUUGCCCUUCCUUACCCUCGCCCACACAAGACAGAGCAGCUCAAGUGGCUUAUACCUCCUGUGUUUGCAUUUUGGUGAAAGGUACUUUUUCCUACAAAAAUUACUCAAGGCAGGGCCUGAACAGCAGUCUCUCUUCUCCGUCCUUAACUUUUAUCUUGCGGGAUAGGCAGUCUGUUCACAGGGUUAGAAACCUGAAAGAACCGCCAGGCCCCUCACCUGUCUCCUCGCUUUGUCUCAUCUUCCCACCUGAAGAGCAGUCAGCGCAUGGAGCCCUGGGGACACCUCCGCUUCGGCACAGACUCGCAGGAUGCUUAGAGGGUGGCAGUUGACUUGAAAGCAGAAGACCUUUCCUAGGUACAUAAAGGAAAGUCUGUAUUGCAUUUUAGAAGAUUUCUAGCAAACAGCUAAAAUUAGUAAGAAAUUUAUUUUCAAUGACAUAUACUUUUCUGUAAGAUUUACUUCUGUACAAUGCCUCAUUCUGUGAUAAAAUAGAUUUGACACAUGAAGACGUGACAAAUACACAUUUUUAUGCUUUGUAUAUAUAUCACUUGCCUCAGUCUUCCUUGUGAACCUUUUAAAUUUGGGAUGGUAGCUAAGUUUAUGUACUUUAUCAUUCUCCCAAAGAGUAUUUAUUAUACGUGCCAUUGAGCCCGCUGCUGAGGAUACAGCAGUGCAGAAGACACAUCCCACACCCUUGAAAUCGUGCACGUCGCUUCUGAACUAGCAAUAGAAGCGUUGGGUCAGAUUUAUUGGCUGUUCUUCAUUUAGUUCAGGAAUUUUUAUUGAGUAUUGAUGUGACUUGGUCACUGCACUGGCCCUGGAGUGUCUUCACAGGUGAAUAUGCAGUACAACAAAAGGGCUGAUGAAAUGGCUUCCGUGGAAAGUGAGUGCGUGAACAGAGUUGGAUCAAGACCUACAGCUGUUCACGUUACCUUGUAAACCAUGUCCUGUUCUGUCACAGUUGCGCACACUCCUCAGUUUACUGACUGCUUUGGCGUAGUGUCUGGUGUAGGCGUGUGAGAGAUGGUCGUAAACUACUCUGGCCACGUUAGACUUGGGUAUUAUCAGCCCACUGGGUGGAAAUACCUGAAGCAGCUGAUGGUGACAUGUGUUCUUGAUAUGUGGACAUUUUAGACAUAGUUUACUUAGGAUCUUGGGGCCAUGCUCCGUAACUGUUUAAACCGACACUUUCAGAUUUCGUGUAAACAUAUUUUUAAGAUUCACCUGUAGUAAAAGAAAACAGUACUUACAUCCAUAAGCUGAGAGAAGCCUGAGGGACUGGAACGUUCUGGUAAAUUCCAAGGCUUGCUUCACGCGGCCUUUCCCAAACCUAGAGAGCAGAGAACAAGUCUCCAGUCUUAGGUAUGUCCCACUAGCUAAAGAAUUUUAAGCUUAACAUGGCAAGAUUCAGGUAAAUGUUUGACAGUGUCUUUUGUUAAUAUGCUUUGGUAACGUGAUAUAAUAAGGCGGAGAACCAUAAGAAAAUAUUUGUAUCGUAAGUGGAAAUGCAUUCGAUGAGUUUCUCUUAUCUGGUUAUCGGUUACUUAAUCUUUUGCUGAUCUCAUUUUUUCUUCCCUUUUCUUCAUCUACCUUUGCACUAUUUUGUUUCUUGGCGUUAUACCCCAGGGUGUUCACGGAAAGAAAGAAUUAAACCUAUUCUUGUCUGCUUUUCACCUGUUACCAUCUCUGAAUUCUUCUAAAGUUACUUGUAAAUCUUCCCAAAGAUGCCUACUUUAUUCAACUAGAAUUAGUAAUAAAAUAUCAUUGUAACUUGUUUAAAGGUGUUUUUACAUAUACAGUUGGUCCUCUGUAUCCACGGGUUCUGCAUCUACGGAUUCAUCCACCGUGCAUCAAGAUAUUGGGGGGAAAAAGUCCAGCAAGUCCCUAAAAGCAGAACUUGAAUUUGUCACGUGCCGCAACUAUAUACAUAGCAUUUACGCUGUAUUUCCUACACGUAGCAUUUAUGUAUUGGGUAUUACAAGUAGUCAAGAUGAUCAGGGGAGGAUGUACAGAUGUGCAGGGUGCAUGCGGAUACUACCAUUUAUAUGAGGGACUUGAGUUGCACAGAUUUUGGUAUUUGCAGGGGGUGGUCCUGGAACCAACGGCCCCCCCCCCCCCCCCCGCCCCAAUACUGAAGGGUGACUUAAUUCUCACUGAGAAACUUUAUGCUAAUUUCAUGGAAACCGAAUAACUGAUUCACCUACUCCCUCUUGUGGUAAAUAUUUAGUUUUAUCCCGAUGCUUUUAUUUGUAGUUAUUAACUCUUGAUUAUCAUUUUAGCAACGAGAGCACAGAUUUGAAUAGUCCAAAGAGAUUUAAAAAAUCAUUUAGAUGGGCAUGGCAAUAAUUAGGAGGGUGUAGCUAGGGUGCUCAACCCAAGCUGCCUUGUUAGGGUCACCUGCAGAGCCUGGGCCUCACCCUGAGAGAUUCCCUCCCCCUGUUUACAGUUUAAAUCAAAUUAAAUUUAAUCGACUUUGAAAUUUGAUUUUAAAAUUCACAGGUUAUUCUAACAUGCAGUCAGGGUAGAGAACCACCUAUAAGCUGCAGUUUUGCUUCUACAGUUAACCAGUUCUGUAUUCAAGGGGAGAGCAUGUUAUAAUUUCUAAUGAUUUGUACCCAUCUUGUACUUUAUGGUGUGUGAAAGACUUUUACAUAAUUUACAUGAUUUUCCCACAGACCCAUUCCAUACAGUAGGAAAGACCUCACAUGGUAAGUGACUGGUCUGAUGAUCCAGCUGUAGCAGGAGCCAGGAUUGGAAACGAAGGCACUGGCCUUAAUCCACCCGGUUUCUCAGCACCCUGCAGUGCUUCGGUCUCACACGGACUGCGACUUGUUCAUCUUCAGAGCUCCUCUGGUUACGUGCUGUGCACUGUGAGGUGCUUUUUGCUUGUGGCUGUUCCACGGAUUAGCUCUCCGCACAGCACGGAGGACACCGGGCAUCCCGGGCGCUGUGCAGCUCUCAGGUGCCCGGGCCUGCACACCACGCUCAGUGCUUCAGAGGGGGUGUGGGGUGCUGGGCGUCACACAGGGCCAGCAGCCAUGUAGGUAAGAAGUGGAGGUGUUGAUAGACACUUGAUACUUAGACCUAAUAAUCAGCGACCUUUAUGUAUAAGCUCUCAUUAUCGACUAACUGGAAGAUGAUAAAUAAGCUGGUUUAGGUCCAAAUACUACAAAAGAAAAACAGUCUUUAGAUUUUUUUGUUAUAUAGGAAUUUUGUUAUAUUAUUGCUCUUAAUAAAUGGACUUUUGCCAGCCUUAAAAAUAAUUUCUAAUAUAGGAUACCUAUGUUUUUCUAAUACCUGUAUUUGUCUUAAUAAACUUUGACUUCUGUGUAAGUUUCUGUUUUCUCUUUAGUAUUUAGCAAUUAAAGAUAGUGGUCAACUGUCAGUACUUUGAUUUUUUAAGAAUUUAUAUGACAAAAGUUAAGCUUUUAUUAUUUCAUAGAAAAAUCUCUUCACAUUGGCACAUACAAAAUAACACUGGCAUGUAUUCAGCACAGUCAGAUUAACAUUUCAUCUGUUAGAUGGUGAUAGGGAGUCUUAAGCUCUCAUCUUUUGGAUGCCAUUUCAGUUUUCUCCAGCAACAGUUUAUACCUUUCUAUUAGAGUUAUUGUACAUUACUUAUUUAUUUGAAAAUCUUGUACUUUUUUUUUUAAAUCUCUUUGACUAAGCUCAUUAUUUUUUGAUCGAAAAAGUUAUACAUGCAUGUGUUAAGACACACUUCAGACAAUAGAGUGUAAUGGUGAGAAUGCCUCCUUCCCACCCCAGGCGUCUUAGUCCCCUUCCCUAGAAGCAGCUGUGUAUGCUUUUUUAGUUUUCUGUGUUUUAUUCUUCCGUUCUAUUUAAUACAGGUGUCAAAUGAGUUGUAAUAAAGAGCAUCGCGCUGCAAUUUUAUCGUAUGCUUGAUGUGUUCUAGUUGUAUAUCACGUUCUAAAUAAAUGAGAUACUGGUGACAUUGCCAUUUAAGUUCUGCCUUCUA